AAUUUCUUCGUGAGAACUAAAACUUUUUUUUAAAUAUUACAUUUUUGUUAAUAAUCAAUUUGAAUUACUAUUAACUUAAAAUAGGUCUAAGGAUUGCCAUUUGUUUAAAUAAACCAAAGUAAAAAUAAAAUAAUUAUGUAACAUUUGCGGCGUGAAUCUUUGGUCUAUGGUGGUUUUUGUUUUGUUUAUUAAAGUUUAAACACUUGGUUAAGUAGUUCCUAGAGUACUUUUUUGGUUAUAGAUAGUUUUGUUUGUUUUUGUAUCACUUUUGUGGAGGAGGAAGAACCAGACUGCAUUAUGAGUUUGAUACUUUUUGUAACGGCAGCAGCGCAUUUAUUUUACACACCGUUCACCAAAGUCGAGGAGAGUUUCAAUCUCCAGGCGAUGCAUGACAUUCUAUACUUGAGACACAAUUUCUCACAGUACGAUCACCAUGAGUUCCCAGGAGUUGUGCCGCGAACAUUUAUUGGUCCGCUUUUUGUUGCCAUUGUUUCUUCGCCUUUUGUUUUGCUCUUCGAAGCUCUAGAUAUUCAUAAAUUUUGGGCCCAAUAUGUAGUUAGAUUGGUAUUGGCUGGGACGAUUGCAGUGACAUGGAAUAAUCUGAGAAAAACCAUCACCAAGCAGUAUGGCAUGAUGGUGGCCAUUUGGUUCACCCUGAUAACCAUAACACAGUUCCAUUUCAUGUUCUACAUGAGUCGAACUCUGCCAAAUAUUAUGGCAUUGCCACUGGUUAUUUCGGCCAUCACGUAUUGGAUGCGGGGUCAUAGUAAGAAUUUUAUCAUUUACUCUGGGAUGGGAAUUAUUAUUUUCCGAUUUGAACUUGCGAUAUUCUUGGGACUGCUUUUAUUAUUUGCUCUGUACACAAGGAAGACAAGCAUAAACGAAUUAGUCCAAGUAGCCGUUCCGGCGGGUAUUAUAAUUCUCUCUGCAACUGUUAUAGUAGAUUCAUUCUUUUGGCAGCGUCCUCUAUGGCCUGAAGGACAAGUUCUUUGGUUUAAUACCAUUUUAAACAAAAGUGCCAACUGGGGUACAUCUCCAUUUCUGUGGUAUUUUUAUUCGGCCAUACCACGAGCAAUGGGUGCUUCUUUAGUUUUUGUUCCAGUGGGACUCGUCUUGGAACCUCGCAUUCGUCCACUUGUACUUAGUGCAUUUGCAUUUGUAUUUUUAUACUCGUUUUUGCCUCAUAAGGAGCUUAGAUUUAUUAUUUAUAUAUUUCCAGUACUGAAUAUUGCAAGUGCUUGUGCAUGCAAUAGAUUAUGGAUCAAUUCCGGGAAAUCAGUAUGGCAAGGACUUCUAGCCUUAAUUGCUGGUGGUCAUAUAAUUUUGAAUGUGAUCUUAACUUUGUUCCUACUCGUUGUCUCAAGUACAAACUAUCCUGGUGGAGUAGCAUUGUCGCGUUUGCAUAGAAUAGAAGCCGGAGCGAGUAAUGUAUCGAUACAUAUAUCCAAUCUGGCAGCCCAGAGUGGGGUGUCACGAUUCAUGGAGAUCCGAUCUGAUUGGAGUUAUGAUAAGAGAGAAAAUCUAACAUUCAUUGAGAGUGAUUUGAUAAAUUAUACUCACCUUUUGGUAGAAGCUAAGAGUAAAUUCAGCUACGAUUUGACUUAUCUCCAGGAAAACUAUGAAACUAUUGAAUUUGUUGACUGCUUUAGCAGCAUUGGAAUACAAUAUAAUUCCUUCUUGCCAGUGAAAGUCAAAACCAAACCUUGCAUAGGGAUUAUGAAACGCAAAGCUGGUUUGAAAAAGAAGAGCAAUUUUGAGAAGAAAAGCGAAAGAAAACUUAAAGUCGAGAAAGUCGAGGAGUUUGAGGAAGUGAUAGAACCGGUGGAGAUGACCCCAACCCCAGUCGUCGACGUUCCACAAGAAGAAGAAAUUUUGCCAAAAGAAGAACCACCAAAUGCAACAUUUUCUUCUCCUUCGAUAAACACCACCACUUCCACUCUGACAUCAAUUGAAGAAGAUGAUGGUGUUGUCAUAACAAAUGGUGAUUCUCUCGAAGAAGACUCCGCCACUCCAACCAAAGAAAUUAAUUUCAAUGAACUAAGGAAUUUAGCUCUGGGAAAGAUCACAAAAUCCACUCGAUCUAAGUUACGUGAAAUUAUCGAACAACAUUAUCGAUCUAAAGGAUCUGUUAUUGAAAACGAUUCAAAAGAGCAACAUUAUAAAAAUGAUACUGUAACACCUUCGUCAAAGUUGGGCGGCGGAGGAGGAGGAGAAAAACGCAAUCGAAUGACUGUCAAAUCGAUAAUAAGACAAGAAAAAAUUAAACAAAUGAUCGAAAAGAUCUCAAUGAUGGAUCUAACGAAAUUUUGUGAUUUGGAUAAAAUUUCAACGAAAGAUUGCUUAAAAAGUGUAAUCGACGAAAUCGAUGAAAAUAACAAAUAAAGUUUUUAAUUAAUUUAUGUAAAAAGAAAACAAAACUAAAUUAAGAAAAAUUCUGUAAAUUAUAUAACUUUUAUUUAUA